AUGAUUUCUACACUUUCGGUUUUACUGCUCGCUUCCACCGCUGCAGGCCGGGACAUUACGUUCCCUCCUGUAGCAGGAUAUCAAUCACCUAUGAUACAAGGUUCAGGCCUUGAAGACAUCGACAUCACCGGAGCAAAAUUUGCAGGAUUGACUACCUUUGCCAACCUUCCUUAUGUUCACUGUCUUGACAAGGCGGGCUCUGAGAAGUACGACAUUGCCAUCCUGGGGGCUCCGUUCGAUACUGGUGUGACUGCAAGACCAGGUGCUAGAUUUGGACCCAAUGGGAUUAGAGCAGGAUCUCGUCGCAUCCACCCGGACUUUUCGUGGAGUAUAUACAAUGGAAGAAAUUUGUUCAAGGUAACGGAGAUAGAUGAGGCAAUGACUUUCGACUAUAGGCUGACUUCAGGANNCAAGGAAUGGGCCACAAUCGUUGACUGUGGGGAUGCCCCUCUGACCGUGUUGGACAAUACAAUUGCCUUGAAGCAGCUCGAUACAGCGCACAAGAUUACUUCAAGCCGAGCCACCAAUUUGACUGAUUACACUGUACCAAGAAUUGUCACGCUGGGCGGUGACCACACCACGACACUCUCUGCCCUGAGAUCCACGUUCAAUCAUUGGGGUCCUGUCAGUGUCAUACACUUUGAUAGUCAUAUCGACACCUGGGAUCCUGAAGUACUUGGAGGAGGCGUGUCGCAUUACGCGGGAGUGAACCACGGCACCUUNUUACACAUUGCCCAUGAAGAAGGCCUGGUCAGAAAUACAUCGAUCCAUGCGGGAAUCAGAGCUCCGGUUGCCAACAAGAAGCACGACCUUAAGAACGAUCGCAAGUGCGGGUUCGAGAUGAUCACGGCCAGAGACAUUGACAGAGUCACGCCUCAAGGAGUGAUUGAAAAGAUCAAGCGUCGCGUUGCGGGAACAAAGGUUUACAUCAGUGUUGAUAUUGAUGUUCUUGAUCCUGCUUUCGCGCCUGCUACAGGUACAGCAGAGGUCGGAGGAUGGACCACUCGAGAACUUCUUACGAUUCUCGAUGGAUUGUCUGGGUUGGAUAUUGUUGGCGGGGAUGUUGUGGAAGUGGCGCCAAUUUACGACAACGCUGGAGAGCCAACUACAUUGGCAGCAGCAGAGGUAGUCAUGUCUCUGUUGCAGUUGAUGGUGGACCAACGUGUCAAGGCAGAGUAG